AGAAUAGUGGUCUCGCAGAUGUUGUUGAGUCAUUUCGGUCAUUUCUAAAGAUGGGGGUUUUGGGUGUGUGCCUCAAGAUCUGUGGCUGGUUUCCCGUGGUUUUUAUCACAGCUGUUAUUAUCUGGUCGUACUAUGCAUACGUUGUGGAAUUAUGUAUAUUUAUCCUCGUGGGUAAGAGUAUACCGCUCAUGUUGCUGUAUCUUGUUCUAUACCAUGUCUUCUUGGUGAUGUUUCUAUGGGUGUACUGGAGGACUAUAUGGACGCCGGUUGCCAAAGUGCCAGACGAGUUCUACUUAACCAGCUCGGAGCUCCAGCAGUAUGAAGCCGAAGAUCGCAACGAAGAGAAGAUUGAGAUCUUGAAGAGCUUGGCCAGAGACAAACGGCUGCCAAUAUGGACACGCACAUACGGAGGAGGUAUGAGGUACUGUCAUAUUUGUAAACUGAUCAAGCCAGAUAGAUGUCACCAUUGCUCCAUGUGCAACGUCUGUAUCCUGAAGAUGGACCAUCACUGUCCCUGGGUCAACAACUGUGUCUGCUACAGCAACUACAAGUUCUUUGUCCUCUUCUUGUUCUACACGAUACUAUACUGCUUCUACGUGGCCAUCACUGUGCUACCAUUCUUCAUUCAGUUCUGGGAGGGUGAUUUGGGGGACAGGGCUGCCCGGAAGUUCCAAAUAGUUUUCCUGUUCUUUGCGGCGGUCAUGUUCUGUCUGAGUGUGGUCAUCUUGAUGUGUAUGCACACGCACCUAACACUCACCAAUCGCAGCACGCUCGAGUCCUUCCGAGCUCCUGUGUUCCGUCAUGGACCAGACAAGGAGGGUUUCAGCCGAGGAAGCUUCUCCAACAACUUCAAGGAGAUCUUUGGGGAUCAGAAGCGAUACUGGCUGCUUCCUAUAUUCACCAGUAAGGGUGACGGGGUAUCCUAUCCAGUCCAGGCCAGGGACCAGGACUCAGAUCGACUGCUGGACGGAGACGUGGAAAGCGACAUUGGCAGUGGACUGGAAAAUGAAGACAGGGGAGCAGGUAAGAAGGGAAUGAGAGAAAGCAUAAAGACCAGCACGACGUACUCCACCAUGGAAGCAAGCGGCGUGGCCGAGGGAGGGACUGGGAACCAUGCCACAGUGCAUAUGGACCAGGGGGAAGGAGCUCAGGUGAAUUUAGCCAUUGAGAGUGAUUCCCGUAGAUAAACGCACCUUGAAUGAUGAGGAAUAUUAACGUUAAUCUAGGUUUUUAAUGUUACGUAGUUAAGUUAGGAAGAAAGAGAAAAUAGCACAGUCCCCACUUCUACUUAAAAGUUUAAAUGCUUUCGUGGAUAUUCAGAGUUUGAUCUUCAAACUCGGGAAAUGUAUUGUUGACAUUUUUGCUUUCCUGAUUGAAUGUAAACAUUACAUUUGUGUAAGGUAUCUUUGGUCUGUAGUUUAAUUAAACUAUGUGUAAAUAGCACAGUAAAACCUAUAAAUUUAAAUUACAACAAAUAAAAAAAAUCCCAGUUUGAAAAGAAAUUUGUUGAAAACAAUGUAGGUGAUCUAAGAAGUAGUUUUUGUUAGACCAGUUCAAAUACAGGUCGUUCUCGGAUAACCAACCCCCGAACUGAAAUGAUUUCACAAAAUAAACCUAUAAUCAUUAUUAAAAAUGUUGUUGUUAAACAGAAUUCAUUGGAUUUAGAAAAUAUCAACAAAUUUCUUGUACAUAAUGUGUAUCAGAACUGCGAGUACUAAACGUGUGUUACUCAAGAUAUUGUAAAUAAUGUGUACAUUCUCCAAUCAACAAUCGCUGAACUUGAAUCUUUUUGUACAGUGUUGAUUAUAUUGUUCAGUGGCACAUUGGGACUGAUGCAUUGGAUGACAUUCUAUCUCUGGAGGGCGGCAGACAUUCCCGUCAAUUCUCUACCUUGGGUGGGGUUGACCUACAUGUAGCCUUAGCCUCUAUCCAAAACAGGCAUUUUUUUUUUGCUACAGCUAUGGACAUUCAUCUGUGAAUCAGAAUAGAACCUUGUGCUUACAGCCGUCUCGGACAGCUUUAUCAUUUGAAGUUUAUGGAAAUAUGAACGCAAAAGAUUUAUGUCUGCCAGCUUAGGACUUACAAAUGGAUUGCCCUGUAAGAUGGCUCAGGUAGGUUAUGAGAAUUUCGACCCAAAAGUCCAGUUGUGAUAUUUUGGCGCACCGUUUCCUUUAAAAAAGAUUUUUUUUGUUUAUAAAUAUCAGUUCAACACUUUGUUUUCAUCAGCAUUUGUUCAUGAUAAUGUGUGUAAAAUAAUUAACUUUAAUAGGUAGUUGAAAUUUUUGUAUGGAAAUUUAUGGUGCAACUUAGUAGUGAAGGUUUAAAAUAUAUUGGAGUAAUUGCAUGCAAUUUCUCCUUUAAUUGCAUGUGCUUUAGAAGCUGUUUGUCUUUCUUUGGAAUAUUUUUACUGGUAGUGUUUUACAUUGAUGUAGUUUUGGAUUCAGAGCUUAAGAUAUUUCCCACCCCUUAAUUGUGUGCAUUGCUUCGCCCCUCCCUCAAUAAGAUGUGUUCUAGAAUCUUCAGUGGUUUCUGCACAUUUCAGGGUGCAGACCUGUAAAUAGGUCCAAAAUUGCCUACACCGGCCAAAUCAGGAUUUGCUUGCCCUCAAUUUCUCCGGUAUUAGAGCAUUUUGAGGGCUGUGAACUUGAGGAUUUGUAAAACAGAAGGGUAGAAGCCGUGCUGAGGACUGCAAGCUCGUAUUUCUAUGAAAUUUGGAUGAAAUUAGGCCCUAAAAUGGCUCUAUUUUGCAAUGGAGCGUAGGCUUCCGUUUUCAAAAUGGCGAUGAGCUUCAGGACUGCUUUUAGGGGUGAUCAUCUUUGGAUGGGAUUUUCUCCCCAAAGUCAUUGGUAAACAUCAAAAAAUUGAAUGGAAAAUGAAAGAUUAUGAAAUAAGCUUUAAUUUGAUGCGUGUCUCAAACACCUAGGAGAGUUGUGGGUAUUUUUAAUAACAAGUGCACGUAAUUACCACUGAGGUCUUUGGCAGUCUUUUUACUGGUCAGAAGCCUUCAGCUCUCUAGUACAUGUAUACUCUUUUCUCCAACCCAUGCACUGAAAGGUGCUUCAAGUAUGAACCAUUAAUAAACUACCCUAUGAUUCUUCCAGUUAUUUCUCUUGGCCACAUACCACCUAAGCAUUCUAAAUUUAGUUCUUGUGUGGCUAAAACGGGGGCUAGUUUAGCAGUUAAAAACAGAGCUCGUAUGGCAUGUAAAACUCCUUCUUUAAAAAUAUUACAAUUACUAAAAUAACUUGAUUUUAUCCAAUGCAUAUCUGUCAUCUUCGUGUAAUAAAGAAUGUCUUUCGGAACAAAUGAAAUGUACUAUACUCCAUGUUUCUGUAUUUCAGACGUUCUAAA